CACUUAUUUGGCAAUAAGCAGGGGAUUAGUGGACAAGAGACUGAGUGACAAAGAGCAAGAAGAGCAUCGAGCAUCAGCGAUGAAGGCUUCAACUUCAGGUUGGUGCCUUGGCCCUACAACUGCAUCGCAUCCUGGCUUCUCACGAAAUGGAUGCUCCUUCCUUGGCGCUUCUUCUUAUGCUGCUUCGGUCUUGGUGCACCGCAACAGAGGCAUAAGUUGCUCUUUCCAGAAGGACAGCUCCGUCAAAGUGCUCCGGCGAAUCCUGGAGAGCCCUGGGGUCCACCAGGGCCCCGCUUGUUUUGAUGCUCUGAGUGCCAAGCUCGUUCAAGACGCCGGCUUCUCCUUUUGCUUCACCAGCGGUUUCUCAAUAUCAGCUGCUAGGUUGGGGUUGCCGGACACUGGCCUCAUCUCUUAUGGAGAAAUGGUGGAUCAGGGCCGGCUAAUCAGCCAAGCUGUCUCCAUUCCUGUGAUCGGGGAUGCCGAUAAUGGCUAUGGCAAUCCCAUGAAUGUCAAGAGGACUCUCAAGGGAUACAUUUCAGCUGGUUUAGCAGGAAUCAUUCUUGAAGAUCAGGUAUCUCCAAAAGCAUGUGGCCACACAAGAGGAAGGAAAGUGGUGUCCAGAGAAGAGGCGGUCAUGCGAAUUAAAGCAGCCGUCGAUGCCAGAAGAGAGAGUGGCUCUGAUAUUGUCAUUGUGGCGCGCACAGACUCUCGCCAAGCACUCUCCAUGGAUGAAGCACUCACCAGGGCUAGGGCUUUUGGAGAUGCUGGCGCCGAUGUUCUUUUUAUUGAUGCACUCACUUCAAAAGAAGAGAUGAUGGCUUUUUGUCAAGUUUCUCCCCUCAUUCCGAAAAUGGGCAAUAUGCUUGAAGGAGGAGGCAAAACACCAAUACUCACUCCUCUGGAACUAGAAGAAAUCGGUUUCAAACUUGUUGCUUAUCCCCUUUCCUUGAUUGGGGUUUCUAUACGAGCAAUGCAGGAUUCACUUGCUGCAAUUAGAGGAGGCCGUAUUCCUCCUCCUGGAAGCAUGCCAUCUUUUGAAGAAAUUAAGGAUAUCUUAGGUUUCAACACUUAUUAUGAAGAAGAGAAGCGUUAUGCUACAAGCACCUUUUCAAAGAGAGAUAGCGGUAGCCUAUACAGUAUACAACGGAGAGAUCAAUAUGAUACAGAGCAAACAAGUCAGAGUCCCAAAGAUCCCAUUGUUGAAGUUAUAACUCCUGAAGUGUACAAUAAAUAUGGCGGAGAUGGUUCAAGGGACCCUUUUUCUGGGAUCUGGUCUCGAACUCUAAGAGUCAAAAUAACUGGCAGGGAUGGAUUUGAAAAACUUGAUCUCAGGAUACCUGCUGGAUUUCUGGACGGACUCACAAACAUAGUUCCUGCUUUGGGUGGUGUAAACAUUAAAGAAUUGUUGGACGAUGCUACAGAGGAAAUCGGGGGGAAAAAGCUGUUAGAUUUUAAUGACAGGAUGGGUGACAGGAUUCAAGUAUUUCUGGAGUGAUUGAAUGUUGCCUAGUCUCUCAUUCUCGUAUCUGUGCGAUUCUAGUUGCAUUCUUCGGUUCUUCCUUGGAUAUCCUAUAAAAGCUGUUUAAAAUGGGAACAUUUGGAAGUGUGAUGCCUUUCCCUACAAAUCUGAUGGUAAUAGAUCAUCAUCUCUUUCACUACUUCAUUGCUUCUGAUAUUUGGUGUCGGAGAGUUUGUUUUGAAAGCUCAGUGAUAUAGUUCCUGAUCGGUAUAUGGUCGAUGAUGCUGGUUACAGGAUAACGGAGAUUAGAGGAAGGAAAACUAAAGCAAGGAGGUACCAUUGCAUGCAUGGGUCUAUUAUCCAAAUGUGUAGCCAUAAAGUGGAAAUCAAUCAAAACUUUAUUUAUAUUUCGUUAUAUCCGAGAACAUUUGUUCAAUCAUAAAUAUGCUUGCCUUGGCAAUUCGUACAACAAUCAACACUGAUUGAGAAAAAUAUUAGAUAGUCCUUAUUUUUGCACCGGGUAGGUUAUUUUAUUCUACCGACAAUUAUUUUCUCAAAGUUUAGGUCAGUCGUGUCAGAGCAAAUGCAGAAGAAUGCCUACACAUAGUGAUAGCAUCCCUAUUAUGUAAUGUAUAACCCGAAUCAACAAACAUCACAGUUAUGCACUUUACACAAACUAUAGUUUAAGAUACAUCCAGCAAAUUUAUGUCUAGACGUACACCACUAGUAGCACCGCUAUUUUGGGUUGUCUAACUAAAACUACCCGAUGAUCAUGAUCCUACUUCGCCAUGCAACUUAGCAGGGAUA